UAGGGUCGCCGUGGCUGCGGAGCCAGGAGGGGGCACUCUAGUCGCUCCGGCCUUUCCUCCAGCCCACGCCAUGUGGCGGCGUCUGGGAACCCUAGUAUCGGGGUCGGGCCAGAAUACCUGCCUGUGCGCCAGGCUGCCAAAGCGCUAUCGUUCAUGCACGCCUGUCUCUGGCGGUCGAGCCACUAUCUUUGCCCUGUCUUCUGGCCAGGGCAAGUGUGGUGUGGCAGUCAUUCGCACCAGUGGUCCGGCCAGCGGCCCUGCUCUCCUGGGACUCACAGCCUUGCGGGCCCUUCCUCAGCCCCGGGUUGCAAAGCUCCGCCUCCUGAAGCACCCCAUCUCCUCGGAACCCUUAGACAAGGGCCUGAUUCUCUGGUUCCCAGGACCCCACAGCUUCACUGGAGAGGAUUGUGCCGAGUUCCACGUCCACGGUGGGCCAGCAGUCGUGAGUGCUGUGCUGGGAGCACUGGGCGGCAUACCAGGCUUUCGGCCAGCAGAGGCCGGAGAGUUCACCAAGCGGGCCUUCCAGAAUGGGAAGCUGAGCCUGACCGAGGUGGAGGGCCUGGGAGACCUGAUCCAUGCUGAGACGGAGGCCCAGCGGUGCCAGGCCCUCCGGCAGCUCCAGGGGGAGCUGGGCCAGCUCUGCCAAGCCUGGGGAGAGACCCUGACGACGGCCCUGGCCCACCUGGAGGCCUACAUUGAUUUCAGCGAGGAUGACAACAUUGAAGAAGGCGUGCUGGAGUGGGGUGAGGCCAUCAGCUGCCUCGAAGCCCUGCGUGGUUACGGGCGAAGCAGGGCCAGAGACCUGGCGCUGGCCGCCGAGGAGCUGAGGGAGGCCCGGAGGCAGCUGGGCCGCCUCACCGGGCAGGGCCGGCCCGACCAGAUCCUGGAGGUCAUUUUCCGGGACUUCUGCAUCGGCAAGUGA